UCAGAGACAAAGUUAAGAUAGAGGAACAGAGCAACAGCCGAAACAAGAGUCGUUUACUACACAGCGCAAACAAAAGUUUGCCAGGAAACUCUGUUGAGGCCGGCCGGCAGCUCGGCUGAUCGAUCAUGGACAAGAUCCUGGCUUUCUCCAUCCUCAGCUCGUCGCCGGCAGAUAUCGCUGGGGCUGGGUAUGCCUCGCGGCUGUCCUGGCGGAGCCGUGGAGGGAAGCAGGCGACGGAGAAGAAGCAACAGGAGGACAAGGUCGAGCGGAGCCCACGGCCGGAGAGGAAGCGGGAGGCCAGGCCAGCCCGGUUCGCGCCCGAGUUCGACGGCCUCAACUGCUUCGAGUACAUAGUAUCCUAUUGAGUAGGUCGCCGGCUGUCUCCCGGGAGCCUUUUUCUUUCCUUUUUCACUUCCCCGUCUGCUGCUCUUUGAGGUUUGGUUGCUUAUCGACCAAUCGACCAAGAGACUUAUCAUGUACACAGGCAGAGAACGACUGAGCUGGUAAUUACACAGUUGUUUGAUUUA